AUGGAAGCCCUCUGCAACUUCUCCUUGCCUUCUUUUACGAACGUUCGUCACCUUUUCCCGCUGAAUCCUCUGAGCAACCAAAAUCACCCCACUUUCAAAUUCAAAUCUACAGCAUUCUCUCCUCAAUCUCAAUCUCAAUCUCAAUCUCAAUCUCAAACACCCACAGGAAGAAAGCACCGAAAACCGCCAGAUUUCGAUGAAAAAGAUGCAUUCCCAUCAUCCAUACCACUCCACACCAAGAACCCUAAUGCUAUUUAUAAAGAUAUUCAAAGAUUCGCCCAGCAAAACAAGCUCAAAGAGGCUCUCACUAUAUUGGAUUACUUGGACAAACGUGGUGUUCCUGUAAACCCAACUACAUUCUCCGAGCUUAUCGCUUCAGUUGUUCGAGUGAAGUCAUUAUCCGUUGGCAAAGUCAUUCACACUCACAUUCGAAUCAAUGGGCUUGAAAAUAACGAGUUUUUACGAACUAAGCUUGUUAAUAUGUACACAUCUUGUGGGUCGGUUGAAGAUGCUCGGCAGCUGUUCGACGAAAUGCCAACAUCAAGUGUCUACCCUUGGAACGCAUUGCUUAGAGGCAAUGUGAUUAUGGGUGGGAGGAAGCAUCAUGACAUUCUAAACACAUUUUCAAAAAUGCGGGAAUUGGGGAUUGAAUUGAAUGUCUAUACAUUUUCUUGUUUGAUCAAAAGUUUGGGUGGUGCUUCUGCUCUUUAUCAAGGUUUGAAGACUCAUGGGCUGUUAAUCAAGAAUGGGUUGAUUGAUGAUUCAAUCAUAAGUACUUGUUUGAUUGAUAUGUACUUCAAAUGUGGGAAAACAAAGCUUGCCCGUCUAGUUUUCGAAGAUAUUGAUGGUGAUCAAAGAGAUGUGGUCUUGUGGGGGGCAAUGAUUGCUGGUUUUGCACACAAUCGGCUUCGAUUCGAAGCUCUGGAGUACCUAAAAUGGAUGCAAAAAGAAGGAAUAUCUCCAAAUUCAGUAAUACUAACCACAAUCCUUCCUGUGAUUGGCGAAAUUUCGUCUAGAAAACUUGGUCAGGAGGUUCAUGCUUAUGUGAUCAAGACAAAGGAGUACUCGAAGCAAUUGUUCGUUCAGUCGGGUUUGAUCGACAUGUACUGCAAAUGUGGAGAUAUGAUUUCGGGAAGAAAGGUCUUUUAUGGAUCAACAGAGAGGAAUACUGUAUCUUGGACUGCACUUAUGUCCGGAUAUGCUGCAAAUGGCAGGCUCGAGCAGGCUUUGAGAUCGAUCGUUUGGAUGCAACAAGAACGGUUUAAACCUGAUGUUGUCACCAUUAACACCAUUAUUCCCAUUUGCGGAAAGCUUAAAGCUUUGAAACAAGGCAAAGAAAUCCACUGUUUUGCUGUUAAGAACAGUUUCGUUCAACAAGUAUCUAUAACGACCGCGUUGAUGAUGAUGUAUGCCAAAUGUGGUUAUCACGGUUAUUCCAUUAAACUGUUUGAUAAUCUGGACCGAAAAAACGUCAUUUGUUAUACAGCGAUGAUCGAAUCAUACAUUGAAUGCGGGUUUUUGGAUAAAACACUUGGUGUUUUUCGGUCAAUGGUGCUGUCGAAACACCGCCCGGACUCAGUAGCGACUUCGAGAAUGUUGAGCGUUUGCGGUGAACUUAAAGCGUUGAAACUGGGUAAGGAAAUUCACGGGCAAGUGUUGAAGAAAGAUUUAAUGUCGAUUCCGUUUGUUUCUUCAGAAAUCGUGAAGUUUUACGCGGUUUGUGGUGAAAUCAGCAAGGCGGCAUUGGCAUUUAAAGUGGUUCCAGUGAAGGGUUCGAUGACUUGGACCGCGAUCAUCGAGGCCUAUGGAUACAACUCUCGUUAUCAAGAAGCCAUCAAUCUUUUCGAUCAGAUGAUAACCGGGGGGUUCUCGCCAAACCAGUUCACUUUAAAAGCAGUUUUGCGUGUUUGUGAGCAGGCUGGAUUCGUAGAUGAAGCUUGCAGAGUCUUUCGGUUGAUAACUCGAAGAUAUAAAGUAGAAGUAACCGAAGAACAUUACUCGAGCAUCAUCAGAGUUUUGACGAGUUCGGGUCGAACUGAUGAGGCCGAAAGGUUCAGUCGAUUGAGGUCAUCUUUAUAACCUGCUGAAUGGUCAUUGUUUUAUUUAAAUUUUUAGGCAUAUGAAUGCCAGUUUUCUAUCUUUAUAAUCACC